GAAGAACCAGCAACUCUUCUCUCUUAGUUGCACCACCUUAAUAACGAUUCGUACAAAGGGAUCGAAGACCGAUGAGAGAAGCCAUGGACUCCCUGCUGCAAGCCCUGCAAAGCCAGCCUCCCCCCACGACCGCCGCCCUCGCCGCCGCCGCCGCCACCCUCAUCCUCCUCCUCCUCGGCCUCGCCCUCCGCUCCCGCCGCCGCCGCGCCCCCUACCCUCCAGGCCCCAGGGGCCUCCCGGUGAUCGGCAACAUGCUGAUGCUCGACCAGAUGACCCACCGGGGCCUCGCCAGGCUCGCCCGCAAGUACGGCGGCCUCUUCCAUCUCCGGAUGGGGUUCCUCCACAUGGUGGCCGUGUCGUCCCCCGAGCACGCCCGCCAGGUCCUCCAGGUCCAGGACCACGCCUUCUCGAACCGGCCCGCCACCAUCGCCAUCAGCUACCUCACGUACGACCGGGCCGACAUGGCCUUCGCCCACUACGGCCCGUUCUGGCGGCAAAUGCGGAAGAUCUGCGUCAUGCGGGUGUUCAGCCGCAAGCGGGCCGAGUCGUGGAGGUCGGUGCGGGACGAGGUGGAUGCGAUGGUGCGCACGGUGGCCGGCAGCAUCGGCACCGCCGUGAACGUCGGCGAGCUGGUGUUCGCGCUCACCCGGGACAUCACGUACAGGGCUGCGCUCGGAGCGAGCGCGACCGAAGGGCAAGACAAGUUCAUUGGGAUAUUGCAGGAGUUUUCAAAGCUGUUCGGGGCUUUCAACCUCGCGGAUUUCAUCCCGUAUCUCGGCCGGAUCGACCCGCAGGGGAUCAACGAGAGGCUCGUCAAGGCUCGCCGGUCGCUCGACGGGUUCAUUGACAAGAUCAUCGACGACCACCUGGUGAAGAAGAUGAACAAGGCCAUCGUCAGCGACGAGGCCGAGACGGACAUGGUGGACGACUUGCUCGCCUUCUACAGCGAAGAGGCGACGGUCAAUGAAUCGGAGGAUCUCCAGAACUCCAUAAAGCUCACCAAGGACAACAUCAAAGCCAUAAUCAUGGAUGUGAUGUUUGGUGGGACCGAGACGGUCGCGUCGGCGAUCGAAUGGGCGAUGGCGGAGCUGAUGCGGAGCCCCGAGGACCUCAAGAAGGUCCAGAAAGAGCUCGCCGACGUGGUGGGCCUUCACCGCCGGGUCGAAGAGUCCGACUUCGAGAACUUGACCUACCUAAGAUGCGCAAUUAAGGAAACACUCCGCCUCCACCCGCCCAUUCCCCUCCUCCUCCACGAGGCGGCGGAGGACUCGGAGGUCUCCGGCUACUUCAUCCCCGCCAAGACCCGCGUCAUGAUCAACGCGUGGGCCAUCGGGCGGGACCCGAGCUCGUGGGAGGACCCGGACACCUACAAGCCCUCCAGGUUCUUGAACGAAGGCGCUCCGGACUUCAAGGGGAGCAACUUCGAGUUCAUCCCGUUCGGGUCGGGCCGGAGGUCUUGCCCGGGCAUGCAGCUCGGGCUCUACGGGCUCGAGUACGCAGUGGCCAACCUCCUCCACUGCUUCACGUGGGAGUUGCCCGACGGGAUGAAGCCCGGUGAGAUGGACAUGAGCGACGUGUUCGGGCUCACCGCGCCGAGGGCACACCGCCUCGUGGCGAUCCCGAGCCCGAGGUUGUUGUGUCCCUUGUAUUGAGACGAGGCAUCGAACCGAACCGAACCGAACCGAGGGCGUGCGUGAAAAAUGUCUCGAAAUGGCUGACUUUGCGUGUGCUUUGCUCCUUGCAUGGUGUUUUUCUUUCCUUCUGAUACAACCUUUCCUUCUUAUUUUUCACCCUUUUUUAAGCUUUGGGAGUGAGCCAAAGCGAGCCUCGCUCGUAUUGAACUGUUGCUUCGUUCUUCUUUCACAUGUUCAUUCAAAAUAAUCGUCCCGUCACCCUCAAAAAAUGAAAGUAUCAUACAAAGGCAAGCUUUUAAAUUUGGGUAAAAAAAAAAACUGUGCAUUGCUUGUUCUAAUAAAAAAAGCAAAAACAUUAUAUUA